AUGUGUGCGGUAGACAUGACCCGCCAUCAUGCCCAAGACAUCAUGGGUGAUGCCGCAGACGACAUCCCCCUCCCCGACGGGACCCGAAGUGGGGUCGUUUCUCCCGCUCAACUAUUGAUAUUCAUCCGCGCCGUAGACUCGCAAAUGGAAAUUCACGAGGAAUUAGCGGCCCUGUGCCCCAUGAUGGGGACCACAACCGGUCGCGAUAUCUGUGAGGAAGUAUUCAAGGUGCUGGCCAAGUACGAACUCCCGUUGAACAAGAUAUCCGGCUGUUGUACUGACGGGGCACCUGCCAUGAUUGGCCGCCGCAACGGAGCAGUUGUCCUCCUCGAGAAGAAGAUGAAUGCGAAGUUCUUGAAGUACCAUUGUAUCGUACAUCAGGAAGUUUUUUGCGCGAGCGUCUCCAAGUGCAAGCCAGUUUUGUCGGUGGUCACCGGAACAGUGAAUUCGAUACGCUCGCGUGCAUUGACUCAUCGUGCGUUCCGCGCUUUCCUGCAGGAUGUUGAGGCUGAGUUCGAAGACGUACUCUACCACGCAGAACUUCGGUGGUUGAGCCGGGGAAGAAUGCUCGAUCGCUUCUUCACGCUGCGAUCCGAGAUUCUGAGUUUUGCGCGAGAGAACGGAAGUUUUGCGAAUGAGAUUGCGAAUCCUGAGUUCUGGCAGGACAUCGCUUUCCUAACAGACAUCAUGUCUCACAUGAACGAACUCAACCUGAAUUUGCAAGGCAAGAACAAGUUUGCAUCAGACCUCUACUUCGAAGUGAAAUGCUUUGUUGGGAAGCUUAAGUUAUUCAUGUUCCAUCUCACGACGGGGAACCUCGUCCACUUUCCAAGGACAAGCAUGGUGCUAACGGACCCCACCGAGAUCGAGAACAAAUGCGCUCAAUUCAAUAGAGAUCUUGAGGAGCUCCUGGGAGAGUUCAGCAAUCGAUUUUCGGAUUUCUACGAUUCAGAAGCUGACUUUCAGCUAUUUGCUGAUCCUUUCGCGGUCGAUGUCACUACAGUACACCCUCUGCUCCAACUUGAGCUAAUCCGGCUUCGGAAUAGCUCACUGCUGAGAAACAAGCACAGAGAGGGUUCUAUCGGCGAGUUCUACAGGUCACUUGAACGUAGCUCUUUUCCCCACAUGGUCGAUCUUGCUAUGAAGCAAAUGUCUCUAUUCGGGAGUACUUGUAUAUGUGAGCAGACUUUCAGUCUCAUGAACUUGAACAAAUCUCGUCUGAGAUCGAAACUCUCGGACCCUAAUCUGGAAAAUGUUCUGCGAGUGGCUACGACUAAAUUUGAGCCCGCAAUCGAUGAACUUAUUUUAAAGAGCGUACGGAGCACGAGCUCUCUCAUAGACAAUUUGAAGAGGAAGCACGAUAUUACGGAGGACACCCCGGUUCCGAGCACGGAGAAAGAAGCGGCCCACAAUUCGACGAUCGAUGAGGCAGUGGUCAUAGAUGCCGAAGAGGAGGAGGCCCCGCCGAAAACUCGCGAAACCCCGACGAGAACCCACGGAACUCCUAAAAGGAGUCACGAAACUCCGCGUGCUUCGACGAAAAAAAGGAGGGAGACGCAGGUUCAGCUGGAUGCUUUCUUAGUCGGGAGUACACCAUCAGGAGCGAGAUGCUUAGCUUGCUUUGAUCCGAAUUCCCCCUUUCUUUUUAUGGAGCAACAGUUCUUGGAACAGGCAUGCUACGCGCAUGGCCUCCACCUUGUUGUAAAGAAAGCCAUCUACGGAACGCAGGCGAUUGCAUUUGACGUUUCGAUCCUCGACUCCUCCAGUCCGGGAGAAAACGCAGCCGAAGAGGCACACAUUAGCGAUAACGAUUAUGACGACGACGGAGACGAUCUCGAGGCCAUCGAGCACUCAUUGUCGGAUGAAGAUGGAGGAAUGCCGAUUACAGUAUCACUUGGUGACGUACUCCAGCGUCUUCGAAAAGUCAUUCGUGACUUUCGUAAAAAGUCAUUUUUGAUGGACGAGCUUCGGAAGACUAAAGCUAAAGAUGAAUUCAACGGCGAACCUUUGAUUGUGAACAUCGACUGCCGAACUCGGUGGACCUCAACUUUGCUCAUGAUUGAGCGAGCCUUGGAGGUCUUCCCAGCAAUUGACUAUGUGUUGUCUGGCCACGGAGCCCCAUUGAGCCCCACCGACGCUGUCGCUCCGGAGAGGAUGAGAAAUGUCCUGUCACCUUUCAAAAGAGCAAUUCUGUUCCUCUGCAAGGAAGAGACCACGCUGCUCCACGCUGACAAAUCAUUUGUAUUACUGAUGAAAGACCUCGAAGCGAUGGAUACAGAACUGUCAGACAUUCUACUGAGGAACCUGAAGCAGCAGAUAAGGAAACGGAGGACAUGUCUGUCUACCCUCAUGGCGAUUCUCGGAGACCGUGGCUACGACUUCAAUCUCGAAUCGGCCGUGGGUCAAGCUCACAUCUCCGACGACGAAGCAGUCGAUCAUAUGGUGAAUAUUCUGGGAGCAAGGACAACAGAGUCACGCACUUCCGGCGCCCAUAAUCCGAGUUCGGUACGUUUCUCCAUCAUAUUCGCUGGUCUUGUGUAA